CCAUCCGACUUGCCGCCAUCUCUGUUUAGAUGUUGGUCUCUGCGAGUCAAAAUCUUCAUCUAGCCCUUGGCCAAUAUGUGCUACUAGAUUAUGUCGAAUUCUUCUUUUUGAUUCCGAUGUCCGAAAUUUCGCCAGCCUCUUAAAUACAAGGUUUCGUAUCGGCUUGCAAUAUGUGUCCCCAAUGCCCACAUACUCCAUCGAUGAAAACAUGUCUCCGCUGUCCCUGCAAGGUGGCUUUCUUGUAGUGGUGGCCGCCGGCCUUCUUUGUCAUUUUAUAUUCAAACGUCACGAGCCCACUAGUCCGCUCUCCCACCUAGGCUUGCUCAUUGUAGUUCCGGCCAUCCUUUCGACCUUGUUUUUGCCAAACUCAUCAACAUUUACGCGCGCAUUCGGUUUUGUUUACCUUUUGUAUUACUCUACUGUUCUCGUCUCUGUGGUCGUAUACCGUCUAUCCCCCUGGCAUCCGCUUGCGAGAUACCCUGGUCCUAUCCCUUGCCGCAUCUCCAAGUUCUGGAUGGUAUGGGUCUCUCGUGAUGGAAAACAACACAUUUACUACUCAAAACUACACCAAACGUAUGGCGACGUCGUCAGAAUCGGGCCUAAUGAGCUAUCAAUAAGAGAUGUCAAUGCUGUUGUCCCGUUGAUGGGUAGCAAUGGGUUCCCAAAAGGACCUCACUGGGACGGACGCAUGGCUGAGCAAUCAGCCACUAGAACAGUUAUCGCGGUGAGGGAUCCCGUGGAGCAUGCGCGGCGGAGAAAACCCUGGCACAGGGCUUUCAGUGUUUCUGCACUGAAAGGUUACGACGAGAUCCUUGGGAAGCGAGUUCAACAAUUCGUGACAGUUCUCGAGCAACAAACACAACCCUUCAACCUCGCUGAGCUCAUAAGUUAUUUCACGUUUGACUUCAUGAGUGACAUGGCAUUUGGCGGAGGUUCCGAGAUGUUGCGUGACGGUGAUAAGGACAACACUUGGCAUCUGCUCGAAAAUGGUCUUCCAACUGCCCUAGUUCUGUCCCACGUGCCUUGGCUCGGAAAGUACUACGCCAACUUGCCAGGAGUCGGGGAGGGCCUCAAGAAAUUCCGAACGUUCUGUCAAGCGCGCGCUAUGCUCAGGAGGUCCGCAGGUUCUCUGUCUAAAGACCUCUUUCACUAUCUGAUUGACGAGGCGGGUCUUGAGCGUCAUACGUCGCCUCCAACCUUUGCGGAAGUGGCAUCUGAUGGAGUCCUUGCUAUAGUAGCCGGGUCUGAUACCACAGCAACCACCUUAAGCUCUCUGUUCCUGUCACUUCUGAGAAAUCCUCAAACGUACUACCGGCUCCAAGCCGAAGUCGACAAGUUUUUCCCUCCUGGCGAAGAUCUGCUUUCUACAGUUCAUCACCCUCAUAUGAGUUACCUCAAUGCCGUAAUUAACGAAACUCUACGGCUCUUCCCACCAGUUCUCAGUGGAAGUCAGCGUGGCGUUCCGAGAGGCGGUGACGACAAGUUUGUUGGCCCUUACUUCUUACCCGAAGGCACUAAUGCAUUCGUUCAUACUUAUUCCCUUCAUCGCGAUCCUCGUAACUUCUCCCCGUCCCCUGACACAUUCUGGCCGGAGCGCUGGCUCAAACCGGAAGAGCGCGCGGUGCUCUCAUCAUUUGAUGCCAAGGGCCUUGAUAAAUUCCCAAUUGUCCAUGAUACCAAGGCUUUCGUUCCGUUCUCAUUCGGUCCCAUGCAUUGCGUUGGCAAGCAGCUGGCAUAUCAAGAAUUACGUAUGGCGGUUUGUGCGAUGAUGCACCGACUAAACUUCAGCUUUGCUCCUGGAUACAACCCAGAGUCCUGGGAACGCGACUUGAAGGAUUAUUUUGUUGCCAUGAAGGGGGGCCUGCAGGUUGUCUUAUCUCCACGGAAUCUAACUGCUUGAACGGCCUGAGAGUUGCACAGACGCGAUGGUUAUCUUACAGCGCUUAGUUAUUGAUCAUUC